AUGUGGCAGCGGACAUCGAAAUGCAACGAUUUUAAUGGAUCAGUGUGUGCCGAUUUUGUCUACGAUCGAAGUGUAUUUGGUAGAACAUUUACAGAGGAAGCCAAUCUUGUUUGUCAUAACGCUGUGAAACGGACAUGGUUAUCAACUUUAUAUCAAGUUGGAGGUUUUGUAGUUCUCGUGACCGGAACAAUGUCUGACAAGGUUGGACGACGAAAAAUGAUCCAAAUUCUGACUAUUCUACUUUUCUUGGUUCCUUUAUUGACUGAAAUACUUCUGCAAACAAUCACGAUGAGUGUCAACGCUAAGUUUGCUCUUCUGUUGGUCAACCAGCUUUUUUCAAGCAUAGAUGCAUAUCCCAUGGUGUUUCUUCUUCUCAUGGAAUUGACUUCAUCUUCGCACACAAGUCUCGCUGGAAAUCUUGCCUUGAUUGGUUUCACUUUUGGUGAAGCUCUAGUGACCGUUUUUGCUUAUCUGGCUCGUGAUUGGCUACUUCUCAAAUGGAUUAUUAGUGGUUAUUUUGCUCUUGUUUUACCAUAUCUUUACUUUGUUCCCGAAUCACCGUAUUGGUUAUUUAGUACAAAAAAGUACAAUCAAUUGGAACAUUGUCUCAACAAAAUAGCUGCGAAGAAUGGUCGUACACAUGAUCAAUGGCAUCCAUAUUAUAUGCAGUUGAUUCAUGAUCCUGAGAUUGCCAUGCGACAAGCUAAACAUGCAGCGCGAACAGCUAGGGAAAAGUUUCUGAGGCAUGUGCCUCAAUUGAUUAUUUGUGGAUUGAUCGGUUUUGUUACCAUGCUUUUGUAUAUCAAAAUUUCUUAUGGACUCAGUGCCAUGAACGAUGAGGUGAGCCCAUAUUGGAAUAACAUUAUUGGCGCAGCUGUGGAAGGUAUUGGAUAUAUAAGCGUUAGUAUUUUGAUAACUACACGACUUGGCAGAAAGUAUUCGUUGAUGAUCUAUUUGCUGUUAACAUCAAUCUGUGUAUUCAUAAUUCCAUUCAUUACAAAGCCGCUUCCUAUCUUUACUAUUGUUGUAUCACAGAUAGGAAAAUUGACAAUCAGUGGCGCUGUAUCGAUAUCUUGGGUUUAUGUUCCAGAGAUGUUUCCAACAUCUAUGCGUGGCUUAGCUAAUGGUGUCUUUGUGUUUGUCGGGCGUUGCGGAGCUAUUGUAGCGCCCAUCAUUGACACUGCUAUCAGCGACGAAAAAUUAAAAAUCACAUUUUAUGUUUAUGCCUCUGUGACGAUUAUUUUGUCUGGUAUUAUCUAUUUCCUAGCCGAAACACGCAAUCGAUCAUUUCACACGGAUGAAGAUGAAGAGAUAAGUAAAAAUGACGAUGAAACACAAGCCGACAGUAGUAAUAAGAACAAAAAUGGAAUAACUAUGAAUCGCACGAAACUAUCAACGAUCUUUCGAAGUAAUCGAAUCGAUACUCUACAGACUGCAUUCUAAUCGACGUUCUUUUUUGUUACGUCGUGAAAUAUUGAUAAAAUAAAAAUAUUUUGAUAGCGGCACUGGCGCUAUUGCAGAAACUUUUCGUGAGAUAUUCCUCUUAUAAUUGUCUCGAAACUUAUCCAAAAUGAAGAAAUUCACUAAUAAAAUCGAUCUGUUUUUCUUAUUUGGAGUUCUACGGAAAAGAACAAAACAUAUCAUAAGAAUCAGCCCAUCGAACUCUACAAACUGGUAUAUAUUGCAUUCAAAACUGAGGCUUACACUGAAGAUCUAUCCUCAUAAGAGAAAAAAUAUCAUCGGCUUGUAAUAGUAUGCCAGGAGAAAGGGAGGUUUCGAAGAGAUAAAUACAAUUUGCUUUUUUACAAAUGGAUGUUCUUUUUUUUUGUGUGCUUUGUUUUCUUGUUUUAGAUGUUCCGAUUGAUUAAAAAAAGAACGAAGAAACAAUGAUCCGAGAGUAAUUAACAUAUACUCAUGUUGAAAUAGCAAAAAAAUAAACGAAAAAUUUUAUAUAAACGAUAAUUCAAAAAUCUAUAAAUGGAGAGUCAUACGAAUGUUGAAAUAACAAAAAGAAAACAAGAGAAAAAUUUUAUAUAAAUUAUAAUUUAUAAAUUUAUAAUUGGGAAGGCGUACCCAUCUUGAAAUAUCAAAAAAAGCAAAAGAAAACAUUUUAUAUCAAUUAUGAUUUAUAAAUUUAUAAAUGGAGAGGCAUAAACAUGUUGAAAUAGAAAAAAGGACAAGAAAAAUCUUACAUAAAUUAUAAUUUUAAAAUUUAUAAACCAAGAGGUAUACCAAUGUCGAAAUAGGAAUAAGCAAAAGAAUAGUUUUAUAUAAAGUAUAGUUUACAAACUUAUAAAUAGAGAGGCAUAACCAUACUGAAAUGGGAAACAGGAAAAGAAAAGUUUUAUAUAAAUAAUAAUUUAUAAGUUUACAAACAGAUAGCCGCAUGCAUGAUGAAAUAGCAAAAAAUAAAUUUCCUACCAAUUAUACUUUGUCAAUUUAUAAAUCGAAAACCAAAUGCAUGUGGAUAUAGCAAAAUAUAAAAGGGAAAUUUUAUAUCAAAUUAUAAUAUAUAAAUGGAAACGCAUAUACAUGUUCAAAUAGUAAAAAAUCAAAGGAAAAACCUAAUUUCAUGUAUAAUUUAUAGAUUUAUAAAUGGAAGAACAUAGUCACGUUGUCAUACGAAAAAAAAAACGCAAAGGAAAAAUUUUACAUACACUAUAAUUUCUAUCGAAUUUUACUCUUACUUUUCGUUGUAAUUUUGACAUGCAUGUGGCUUUCCAUUUAUAAAGUCAUAAAUUAUACUUGGUAUAUAAUUUAUCUUUUUGGAUUUUUGCUAUUUCAACAUCAGUAAGUCUCACAGUUUAUAAAUUUUUGAAUUAUCAUUUAUAUAAAAUUUUUCCUGUUUUUUUGUUAUUUCAACAUGGGUAUACGUUAAUUGCUCUCGGAUCAUUGUUUCUUCGUUCUUUUUUUUUU